CAUUCUCUGCAAUCGCCUCUGAUUCUACUGCUGUUGGCGACAGUGCAUUCGUAUGAUUUCGUCAUAACAAAAGACGGUCUGUUUAGGUGUCGUGAGUAUUGCAUAUGUAUAACAGUAGUCUGCUAAUGCUUAGAAAAUGGAUUUGGUUGAUAGAGAAAUUAAGGAGGCUUGGAGUAUAGAUUCCGUCGAUGGGCAGUUUAGCGACGCAGAAGACGAUGUUGGCUAUCCAACACCUAGAGGCAAACCACUGGUCAAAUCACAGCUUGUGACAGGUCUACAAAACCUCGAAAUUAAUGAUGGAAGUGGAAGUGAUGGAUAUGAAGCCGAAGAUGAUAAUGGAGACUAUCUGGAUGAAAUGUACGAUUGGCCACAAAAAACACCAGCAUGUAAUCAGAAGAAUAAAGAACACUCAGCCAAUACUUACCUAGAUUCCAAUUAUGAAGUAAAUGCAGGAGGAAAAACAGUUGAUUAUCAACCACAGGAUAAACUGUUCAACAAAUUUUUAAAUAAAAUAAAUGUUGAUAGAUAUGAAGGACCAGCACUACCAUCACAUGCUUUAAAUCAUUUAAUAGAAAGCAGUAGAAAACUGGAUUCUGACAGGAUACGUACCAAAGAUAAACAUGACAGAGCAACAGCAGAGCAGGUUAUGGAUCCCAGAACACGGAUGAUACUUUUCAAGCUGCUUAGUAGAGAAGUCAUUUCUGAAAUAAAUGGCUGUAUUUCUACUGGCAAAGAAGCUAAUGUGUAUCAUGCUACCUCAAAAUCUGGGAAGGAUUAUGCGAUCAAGAUUUAUAAAACCUCAAUACUUGUAUUUAAAGACAGGGAUAAAUAUGUUACUGGAGAAUUCAGGUUUCGACAUGGUUAUUGCCGCCGUAACCCACGGAAAAUGGUAAGAGUUUGGGCAGAGAAAGAAAUGAGGAAUCUGGUUCGCAUGUACACUGUAGGUCUUGCUGUUCCAGAACCUAUUUUGCUAAGGAGCCAUGUUUUAGUUAUGGAAUUCCUGGGAAAAAAUGGUUGGCCUUCUCCUAAAUUAAAGGAUGUGGAAUUAUCAGUGUCAAAAGCGUGCAAGCUCUAUAGGGACUGUGUUGUAAUGAUGUGGACAAUGUACAACAAGUGCAAACUUGUGCAUGCAGACCUCAGUGAAUUCAAUAUGCUGUAUCACGAGGGGCAGGUAUAUGUGAUAGAUGUGUCUCAAUCAGUAGAACAUGACCAUCCUCAUGCAUUGGAAUUCUUAAGGAAAGACUGUACAAAUAUCUCAGACUUUUUUAGGCGCAAAGGAGUUGCAACAAUGACAGUGAAAGAACUGUUUGACUUUAUUACUGAUCCAACUGUAACGGAGAGAAAUAUGGAGGAAUACUUAGAUAGAGUUUCAGAAAAAGCUGCUUCAAGAACUCUGGAAGAGACAACAGCUCAAGAACAAAUUGAAGAAGAAGUCUUCAAGAAAGCCUACAUACCAAAGAAUCUACAGGAGGUUGUAGAUUUUGAGAGAGAUAUUACAAAAGCAAAAGCGGGUGAAGGAGACGACCUCACAUACAAGACAAUCACAGGACUCAAAAGUGACCUGUCCCAGCCACAGCAAACACCAGAGAUUCUUCAGGGUGCGAAAAGUGAUUCAGAUACAGAAAAUGCCUCGGAAGAUGAUUCAGAUGCAGAAAAAAGCAGCAAGUUUGUGGAUAGUGCAAGGCCGAGAGAUGAAUCACCAGAAAGCAAGAAGGCAAGAAAGAAGGCUAUCAAGGAACAACAGGCUGAAAAGAGGAAAACAAAGAUGAAGAAACAUGUCAAAAAAAGACUGCUGAAAAAGAAGUGAAUUAUUCUUAUCAAAUGCUCAGCUUAAUUGUAUUGUACAAAUUAUUGUAUCUAUAUUUUUGUGAAUGUGUUUUCAUUCGUAAUGGUUUCCAUUUAUGUAAAAUUCUCUCUUGUGCAAAGGGAAAAUUGCUGCCAGGUAAUGUGGCAGCCUUACUUUGUAUGUUCCCUUAGUCAGCUGUCACUAUCAUUAUUGAAUAUAUGAUCAGUAUAAGUCAUUCAGUAUGCUUAAUUUCAUAUAUGAGACAUGUAAUAAAGAUAUAAAGUCCAGCUCCUCACUUUUUGGGCAGUGGUUGAUACAUUCUCCCCCCCACCCCCC